GAUUGGGUCAAGAUCACCAGUUCAGACGGCUACUCCUUUCUCGUGAAGCGAAGUGUUGCUGUAACUAGCGGCACCCUUAAAAACAUGCUUAGCGAGGACAGCAGUUUCAAGGAGGCAAUUGCCAACACAUGUCCAAUUAGUGAACGCGCCGCUGUGGUGGAGAAGGUCUGUGAAUACAUGUCCUUUAGGGCCUACUACGAGGGGCCUGGAUCCAAGGAGGGCGUUGAUGUAAAUGAGUUCACCGAACGCAUACCGCCUGAGGUGGCCCUGGAGCUGUGUGUCACAUUGUUAUCUGUUCCAUUAUGA